AUGUUGAAGUCGUCUGUCUUCCAGCUUACAUCGAUAUACUGCGUUUUGAAAAACGGUCAAAAAUGCUAUAUCGAAAUCGGAAAAAUGGACAGCGUCCCAAAUUCGGGCCGCUGGAAACAUUUACAAUCGCAAUUGUUCAAUGCGCUUGUAUUACAGACCGCAAUUCCAGUCAUCCUUAUGUAUAUUCCGUUCUUCCUUUUGUUCUUCAUCCCAUUUCUCGACGAGACCAUCGAGAUUACAAGCAGCUGUAUUAAUAUCACAAUUGCGGUUUAUCCGGCCAUCGAUCCUCUUCCAACUAUCUUCAUUGUCAAGAAUUAUCGAAGUGUCACAAUCGACAGGAUGAGUUACAUUCCGAUGCAGCCGGUGAUCUGCACCCAGCCGGGCGUUCAGACUCUUCAAGCUCCUCCAGGAACCGUCUUGCCGAUGCAAUCAAUUCCAGGCGUUCCGCAAGGUCUCGAAUAUCUCACCUAUCUCGACACGGUCAUUAUCAAACAGAAAAAAGAGCUCGUCGAGAUCGUCACCAAUUUCGAGACCGCCAAUCGCUAUGUGGUGAUGAACGCCAACGGACAGCAGGCGUUCUUCGCGAUGGAGGAGUCCGGCUGUUGUAGUCGUCAGUUGUGCGGUCCGCGACGCGGAUUCGUCAUGCACAUUCUCGACAAUUACCAACAGGAAGUGCUAGCCGUUUAG